AUGCACCCUCUACCUCGCUCACACAUCGAUCACUGGGGAACGUCUUUGCAACAUAGUCCUGCCCCAUAUUCGUCACUAUUUUCGACUGAUUCUUCACCUAGCCUGUACUCUAAGAGUGUCAAGUUUUCAUCCGCAGGAAACGAUAUCAGUUUUUCAGGCCCAAACAGCCAGGAUGAGCUUCCAGCCUGGGUUGAUAAUGGAGAGACAAUAUCUCGGCGGAGCUCUCGGCUACAAAUUGAACUUGCGGAGUGCGUUGAAACACGAACUAUCACGACUACUACCACUACUAAACGUUCAUAUUCGCCCUGGGUCAUCAAUCACUCAAAACUCGAUAAACUUGACAGGAAAGAGUAUCCAUUAGCUUCCAAAUCACCUCCGCCACACAUACUCCAUCACUCUAAAAUGGGAACUAACUGUACGGCAUUCCAGGAAGGGAGAUUGCCCCAGAAGCCUGAAAAUAUACUGUCAGAUCGAUCACAAGCAAACGACGAUUUUUUCAGAGACGCUCACGAUACUAGGCUACAAAGGCAUAUAUACCCUAGUGGUUCCAAAGAAACUAGUUUUCAAAGUAGUUUUAGAACAAGUAGAGACAGAGGUAAAAAAAUUGAAAAAAAGGGGUCAAAAAAUUUCGAAUGGCACUGCUCUAUACCAUCAGAACUUUCUAGCAGAAAGAAGAGCAGUCUUAAAAAGCGCAUAGACAAAAAUAUUGUAGAUGAAGGCGUACAUGAAGUAGGCAGAAGUCUUCGUCGCCGAAACUGUGGUAUCCAGCCGCUUUUGCGAGAAAACCAACUAUUCCCAAUCACCCCUGACGUGUCUGAUUUACGCCUAUCAGCCUCAAACUCUUCUGGAGUAGUCCAGUCUAUCGAAAAUUCAUCAGCAGCGGAAUUUUUCCACAAUAGUUUAUUCAAUGCUCCAUGCUCAAUAUCUGUCAUGGCAGAGGAUACUGUCUCUAGUACCGUAGCCACACCACCUAUCGCUGAAUUCGAUCAAGAGUUAUCUGACGCCGCCAUUUCUAACAACCCUCUACACACUUUUCUUACAGCACUAGGUCCCGAGGUUGUUCAGAGUGCCAGUUUACCCAGCCCAGGAUUAUCACCAACGUUCACCCCAGAUGAUACUAGAUUUAACGAAGACGACGAUAGGUCGUCUAUAGACGCUAGUAUUUCUACUACUCAUGAUUCAUAUGGAGAUGCGGAACCUUUAGAUUUCUUUUCUACACCCGAAAGUAAUUACCCAUGUUCAUGGGUAGAUGCCCCCUCGUUACGUAAUAUGGAGUUAAUGAUUGAUACAUUCGAUUCUAUGCCAAAUGACAUAAAAACGUCCAUGAUGUUUCAGCUACUUCGCCGUUGUUCUCGAAAAACAUUGCAUGUAAUUGCCGAUGUCGUCAACCCAGCUCUGAAGUGUAACUUUUUGGUGCAACUUCCCUUGGAACUAAGCCUCCACAUACUUAGUUAUUUGGACUACCAGGAUCUCUGUAGGUCUGCCCAAGUUUCCAAACAAUGGAGAAACAUCGUCGAUUCAAAUGAGACUGGUUGGAAAGAGAUUUUUGAUAGAGACGGAUACAUUCUUCCUGCAGGAGAACUCGAGAAAGCUAUCAACCAAGGCUGGGGCUGGCAGGACCCUCACGGAUCUGAUGGAUAUGAACAGGAUUUAAGUAUUCCAACAUAUCUAUCUGUAGAUAGCCGUGGAACAUUCGAGGGUAGAUCCUCGAACUCCUCAGUACGCAAAGUUAGGACUGCCGUCAAGAGAAAGCGAGAUAUUUUCGGAACGGAAACCUCUAAGCGUCGGGCUAUCUCCCAUGAUUUCACGGAAAUAUCACGCGGAUCCACAUCCAACUAUCUGCAUACCAUCAAAUUCCACAAGUCAGAAGGCCCCCUAACAGCUGCAAACGCCGCGAUUCUCGCGGUACCAGAUCCACAGAUCGGUAUUCCUAGCUUACGAAGAUUGCAUCUAUUCAAAUCUUUAUACCGUCGCCAUUAUAUGUUGCAGCAAAGCUGGAUGAGCGGCAAGGUUACACCGCAUCAUUUCGCUUUUCCUGCACAUCCAGCUCAUGUUAUUACAUGCCUUCAGUUCGAUGACGAUAAAAUUAUAACUGGAUCUGAUGAUACAUUAAUUCAUGUAUACAACACGAAAACGGGGAUAUUACGAAAGAAGCUCGAGGGCCAUGAAGGGGGGGUGUGGGCUCUUCAAUACGAAGGAAACAUUCUUGUCUCUGGAUCUACUGAUCGAUCCGUUAGAGUCUGGGAUAUAGAAAAAGGACUCUGUACACAGGUGUUUCAUGGGCAUACUUCAACAGUACGAUGCCUUCAGAUAUUGAUGCCGGAACCAUCGGGCUACAAUGAAAAUGGCCACCAAAUCAUGGUUCCGGACAAGCCCCUAAUCAUUACAGGGUCAAGAGACUCUCAACUUCGCGUGUGGAAAUUACCAGAGCAAGGUUCAAAGCGCUAUAUUCAGACUGGCCCACCAGCAAAUGAUUCUGACUGUCCAUAUUUUGUCCGUGUCUUAGCUGGACACUCUCACUCAGUACGCGCUAUAUCAGCUCAUCAAGAUACUCUAGUGAGCGGCAGUUACGACAACACCGUCAGAGUGUGGAAGAUUUCCACUGGGGAAUCAGUCCAUAGACUCACAGGUCAUACCAUGAAGGUCUAUAGUGUUGUAUUAGACCACAAGCGUGAUCGAUGUAUCAGCGGCUCUAUGGAUAAUUUUAUCAGAAUAUGGUCCAUACUAACUGGUGCUUGUCUAUUUACGCUAGAAGGUCACUCGUCCCUAGUUGGCCUGCUAGAUCUCCACGACGAUAGGCUAGUAUCCGCUGCUGCAGACUCAACUCUUCGAAUCUGGGAUCCGGAAAAUGGGCAAUGUAAGAGUACUUUGAGUGCUCAUACUGGUGCAAUCACUUGCUUUCAACAUGAUGGUCAAAAGGUUAUAUCAGGAUCUGAUAGAUCCUUAAAAUUAUGGAACAUCAAGACGGGCGAAUGUAUCAAAGAUCUCCUCGUAGACCUUAGUGGUGUGUGGCAGGUUAAGUUUGACGAGCGUAGAUGUGUCGCUGCAGUCCAGCGUGAUAAUUUGACAUUUGUUGAGGUCCUUGACUUUGGGGCAUCCCGAGAUGGUGUGCCUGCUUAUCAACGUGGAUCACGUAGACUGCUUGCGGAAACAACGAAGCCAGCCGUUGUUAACGAAGACAGCGAGGAUUCAUGA